AUGCACCGCCGCGCGCGCCUGCUGCUGCUGGCGACUGCCGCCGCUGUCUCUGCCGCGCUCUCCACUGCACACAACCUUCGAGAUACACUCCCAACCAAUUGUGGUUCAGCCAGUUUCGGUACGCCGACGGGGACCGCCCAGCGGCUGAUCGAGACGCAACUCAAGCCUGGAGUGGCCGACUGGAAUAUCGUAGUGCCCAUGCCGCCGGCAUGCGAGCAGGCCGAGGUGACUGGCGUCGACAUGACUGUAUGUGAUGCUGACGCGGCGCCCGAAGUCACUAUGAGCGAUGCUCUAACGGCGCGGGUGCACCGCACAGGUCAGCUCGCUGACUUCGCAGCUGUUAACGUUACCGUCCACUGCAUUCCACCCGUGCCGAGUACGAGCCCUGCGCCCACCAUUACACCCGCUGCCCCCGCACCGACCACACCGCCUGCUCCUCCGUCCACAACAGACGCUAGGUCUACUUAUGAAAUGUUUUCCGAUGAACUGAUUUCGAAUGAGGAGAUUUCCAACGAGACACCGCCCAAUUAUUUAAUGGAUUACGACUUAACAUCAAAUGAGUUGAUGCCACCGACGACUACUACAACAACCACUACGUCAACCACAGCGGUGCCACCAUCACCGGAGGUGACCACGCCACAGUUAGAAACAACUUCUACAACGGAACUUAUCACAACUACACGAAAAAGAAAGAUCCGACCUAAGGUUAAAAAACCACGUACACUUAAAGUUACGAUUAAAAUAGCACCAAUGAACCAUGAUGUUAAAGAAAACGAUGGAAUACUGAAGUCUGUCGGUGCAGAGUCGAAGUCUUCGUCUCAUAAAGACAAACCAGACCAAGAACUGUCAUUCCAAAGUUCCGAAUAUCCAUCGUAUAUGGAGCCUCGAUUUGCAAUAGACCGUCCACCCCACCACAAGCGGCGGCAUCGACACGGGCCCCACUCGCAGCACCACGGCGCGCCGCGUGCGCUGCACUGGCUCGCGCCGCGGCCCCUGUACGGCGCGCCGAUGCCUCCAUACUCAGUGCUUGGCUCCACUAGACUAUUUGGACCGCGGUUAUUGUAUUGGAUGCGUCACAAACCUACCAUGUUUUUAAGUCACUAUUAA